AGAAGAGUUUACCGAGAGCUACAGUAGUUUGAGCGCAGGGCCUUCCCCCCGUAUGUGCUUUCGCUCUGCGUAACUACGAAUGGUGUGUAAAUGGAGUCUGAGAAAUUUUCCACCACACGUCUCACGGAUUUUGCGAAGAAACUGGAUUUUAUAAACUGAGUCGCCAUUUCAAGUCGGCAGAAUGCCGGAUAAGGACACUGAUUUGCCUAGGAAUCUAGGGACAUUAUAGCCAUUAAGACUGGCUUAUUCGGAUUUACCCGAUCGGACUGUUUCUUUGAUCAAGUUGGGCCAUUGUGGAUGAUGGAUGGCCGAGACUUCGGACCCCCCAGAUCUGUUCACGUACCGCCGCCCCUUCUCUCGGGGCUGCCCAUGGAGUCACACCGGCUCAGCGCGGCGGCUGCGGCCGGCAGAAUGCCACCGUCUCCCGGUCAUCUGGGCGCGGGGCACCCGGCGGCUCUACACACUGGAAAAUAUCUCUCAUCGGCCAUGAACCUACAUUCUCACCACAGUGAUGCCUUCCCAGGUGCCUCUAGCCCAUUCCUCGGCGGAUACGCCAGCGCCUCCAGUGCUCACGGGUUGUCGGAUCCAGCCUUCCGAGCCCCAAACUCAGCCAGCCUGCAAAUGGCCCAGCUCUGGGCCUCUCACCCUCAUGAAGGUUUUCCUCACUUGCCAAGCAGUUUGUACCCCAGCCCUUACAUUCCCUUGGGCCACCUUGAGCAUCCACAGCUCAGCCAACAGGCACUCUUUGACUCACAAAAAG